AUGAAUUUUCCCAAGAAAAUUAUGUUGGAUGAAGAAGAUCCUUACAAUAUUGGAGGUUAUAGCAGCUCAGACGAUGGCGGAAACGAGAGGUACUUCAGUUAAUCUCAGCUUUGCAAAUACUCCUUCGGACCUCGAUGAAAUGCUUUUCGGGAUACAUGUAAUAGAGACAGUCUUUACGCGAUCGCCUGGUUUCCGUGUGUUUCGGCCAAAAACUUACAAAUUUUAACACAGACGUGCGUCAAUGCUCAGGAUAUAUGCCGGUAUUGUCACCGUCUGGAUUCUGCUCUGUAAAAAUGGUUGUAUACAGUCGCAUUUUGUUUCCAAAAAAUGUGCGAAUGACGUAAAAUGAAACGCCAUGCGACCCUUAGUGACGAUUUCCUGGUUAAGAAGGAAUGACAAGGAUUUACAUGGCUUAUCCAUCUGUCGUUUGGUUUAAAAUUUAUCCGUUUCUUGGUAGCAAACACUCCCUAUGACACAAAAUUUUGAUGCGCCUUCAGCUUCUGUGGUUAUUUUUGCGAGUUGCAUUUUUUUCAUCUUUAAAAGGAAUAGAUUAAACUGGCAGCUUUACAAUAGCUGAAAUAAUGAAAAUGGAUACAGAACCUUUGUCAAUCAUUUCUGACAGUUUCUGCUGAUGUAAAUCGUUAAGCAGGAAAGAAAAGUUUGCACCAAGAGAGAAAAUUUACACAGAAGAUUUGACUGAAAAAUCAUAUAAUAUGAAGCCUUCAGCUGCAGUUAGUGCAGCAGUGCAUAUAGUUUGUUUUGAGAGAUAUUUUAUCCAUACUCUUAAUCUAUAUGGAGAAUUUAUUUCUGAAUUGCAGUUGUAAUAUCUCUGUCAGUGUGUGGUUUAGCAUGUGAUCUAGAAAUUUCCUGAAUGCCUGUCACCUGCUCUCAACCCUCUUUUGUUUCAAUGCAAAAUUCUUCCUUCUUUUUUUGUUUGUUUCGCACUAUUACAUUCAAUCAUCUUUACCCUUAGUCCUGAGAAAUAUAAGCCAGCAAAGACAUUACAUUUUCUGACCGUGAAGAACUAGUUAUGAAUGCCCUCCUUGCAUUCGGAUCAAGCAGCCUUUUGAGUUGCUAUUCUCAAAGGGUCAUAUUCUGGCUAAUUAUCUCGUCGCCAGUAUUUUGCUAUUGUGGCAAGCGUUUAGUACUCGUACUAAAUCUUAUCGAUUAGGAUUAUAAGACAAUGCAACGGAUGUAUGAUCUGAGGAGAGUUGGUCGCUGAACUGAUUUAUGCUUGCAUAGCUUGCCUAGUAAAUAUGGCAUAUCACAAAGCAACGGGCCUUCAGAGGAGUCUGGGGGCACGUAUCUGUUUGUCCAGAAAAAAUAUUGAAAUUCGAAACUUCUUAGACAUAUUUCUAGCAUUCUGAGACAUAUUUUUUUAGCCAGACAUAAAUGUUAGAAUCAGUUAAAAAAUAUUUCUUUUCUGUCUUUGAUCACAAUUCAAAAACAGCUCCUCUGAUUUAAAGAUAACCCUAAUCGCUUUUUGAAUGAAGUUUUUUUUUUCUUUGCUGUCAGCUCUGAUGACGAGUUUGUCACAGAGGGAUUAUUAAAAGAUCAAAAGCAAGAAACAGGAAGCAGCAGUGAGGAUGAGUUUGAGAAGGAAAUGGAUCUUGAGCUGGAAAGUGUGAUAAAAAGUUAUGAGGGAGAUCAUGGUAAACAGUUUAUUUAACCCUUUAACUCCCAAGAUCUAAUUGUUUACUAUCUCUAUCAGCUACAACACGCUUCUUUAUGAAUUAUAUAGGAGAAUCUGGUGUUAGAUCAAGUUUGAGUGUUCACAUUACCUUUUUGCUGAAAAAUGUAGGGAUAUGGAGAGGUUACACAUUUAUCUUUUUAAUUCCUUUAUCGCUUUUGUGGAAAAUUCUACCGUCACUUCACAUGUAUUAUGAGUAGUUUUGUAAAACAUCAGGGGAUAGCUUCAUUUUGAAAAGAGCAACUGUCCUUUGCCAGAGAGGGCAACACCUCAAGAGAAAAAUAAUAACAACAAACAAAAAGAAAAAAAAUAAAGGGUAUAUGGUGGCAGAAGAUCACAGUCUGAAAAUGGUGUAUUUGAUUGACUUAAAUUUUCAAGGAAUGAUACAUAUCACAAUGAAGACAUACUUCCUUUGACUGGAAAACUUUGUUCUUGAUUUAUUGUUGCAGUCUUGACUUGUGAUAUCUUUAAUAUCAACAGUGAAUUUUUUUUUAAUGUACUACAGUUGUUAAAAAGUAAUAUUAUCUUAAAUGAUGUUUUCCUUUUCAGAGGAUCAAGGUAAUCAGAAUACAAACAUUACUGUAGGGAAAAGUGUAAAUGAUGCAACUUCAAGCAAUAACAACACUCAAGAUGGUGAUGCUGCUGAAGACAACAAUACCAUGUAUGCCGAAGACUACUUCAGUUCAGGUUCAGACGAUGAACACCGAGUUGGUGGACAGCCUUCAAAAUCCAAGGAAAGGAGGAAAAUGUUAACCAAUGAUGAAUUGUUGUACGAUCCAGACAUGGAUGAUGAAGAUGAACAAUGGGUGAUUAGACAAAGACAGGACCACAGACAGAGAAGUAUGAUAACUAAAAACGUCUUAAUUUUGACGAAUUGUUAACAUAGCAGUAUCCCAUGCCAGAUAUCAAGUCAACUUCAUUUUCAAUAAAGGAAAUAAUCAUGAACCCAAGAAACUCCUAACUGUGAGAUAAAUUCUUCUCAUAAGUAACAUAGGCAAUUUGUAGAGAACAGUAUGGGGAAAUUGCAUACUGAUGUUAGGGUGUAAGGGGUUAUUUUAUAAUAAACUACUUGACAGCUUGCUGGUUCAAAUUGUACCUUAAAUUCUCUAUUUAACCAGCAACCUUUGAGCCCUCCUCCCUCUUUUCCAUGAUAUACAUAUCAGAGAUCAGUGAAUUCCUACUAUUACAAAGAAUUAUCCCUCUAAAUUUUGAUGGCUUGUGAAGCCAUUUUUUCUUGUCAAAUUCAGUAGCAGAGCCCAUAUUCACCCAAUGUAGUAAAUCCUCUUGUUACCCUUUUCACUCCCAUGAAUGACCAAGUAGGAAUUUCUCUUUACAAUAUUAGUACUAUAUUAAGCAAACGGGUGAUGAGAAUCAAGAAGAUAUCAAUUAACCCUUUGAGUCCCACUAGUGAUCUAGACAGAAUUUCUCCUUACACUAUCAGUACAAUAUCAAGCAUACAAGUAAUGAGAAUAAAGAAAAAUAUCAAUUAGGGGAUUAUUGGUUGAUCCGGUUCCAAAUUCUCCAAACUAACAUUAUAUGAAUUGUAUGACAGACAGUGAGGAGAAUUUCUAAUGAGAUCUUGGGAGUUAAAGGGUUAAGGAGUAAUUAUUUCAUUUAGCACCAAAUUCUCAGUACUAACUUCAUAAGAGAUCCAUGGCAAACAGUAAAAAUAGUCACUAAUGAGAUCUUGGGAAUGAAAGGGUUACUUAGUACUCUUCUCCUGCUACUGCAUCGCAUAAUACAGACCUUACUACUGUGGUAGAAUCACAUUGAUAGUCCUUGCCAUGGGUAUGUAUUGUAUAUAGACUCCUGGCAAACAUUUUAUGAGGGCUUUUUAAGACUUACACUACUGUUAAAAGAAGGAACCACUUGGAUACCAUAAUGUAUAACCAUGAAACAUUUUCUUUCAACAACUUGAAAUUUAGUACAGCAAAGAAUAAACACAGUCAGAAGUACAGAGGAAAACCAAGAGGAAAACCAAGAGGAAUCUUCAGCAAGUAAAAAGAAAACUAAAAAGUCCAAACAGAAUGUGGAAAAAGUUCCUUCAAGUGAUGCUAUACUGUCUUGUCCAGCAUGUAUGACAACACUAUGCAUUGACUGUCAGAGGUAAGUGGCAGAGUUUUCAGUUGCAUGAAAGACAAUUUAUCCAUUCUUAGUGUGCAAAUUGCAAAAUUUUUGAAAUGGGUUUUGAGUCUGGUAAAUUGCACAUAUUUAUUUUCUUGCACUGCAGUAACAAUAACUUGUACACUAUUAUCAGAGAGACUUGUCUUCCAAACUGCACUAAACCUCUUAAGUUGAUGAAAAUUCUGUUUUAUUGGAGAAUAGAGAAGUAAAUAACUGCAUCAAAAUUUUGAAGUAUGGUUCUGAAUUUUUUCAUUUUGGACAGGUAAAUUGCACUCUAUUUUCAAAGAGCAACCUUUGCAUCAUCACUUUGUUGGUUUCAUUGUUAAAAAGAUGUUUUUUUUUCAUUUCUGGUGCAUGUUAAAAAAAAAACAAACAAAUAUGAAUUGUACUAGCAAAGUAGACAUUUUUUUAAAAAAAUUCAGUAACUUUGGAGAACUUUCGUAGUAUUGUCCCUAAAAUUAGGGAAUCUUCCAGUUGCUUUUACAAAGAGCAGGUUUAGAGAAAAACUUGCGUUUUGGUAUCUUUUCUUCCUUGCAGACAUGACAUGUACAAAAACCAAUACAGAGCUAUGUUUGUUAUGAACUGUAAAGUUGUUAAAGAUGAAAUUCUAAGAUAUGAGCCAUCUCAACAACAAAAACCAGGGAAGAAGCGAAAGAAAGCUCAGAAGGGAAAACUUGUUCAACUCACUAAAGACAGUGCAACCUCAGCUGACAGUUCCUUGUCAGAAUGUUAUCACCCUGUGGCUUGUACAGAAUGCAACACAGAAAUAGCUGUGUAUGAUGGUGAUGAGGUUUAUCACUUUUUCAAUGUUUUGGCAAGCCAUGCUUAAUUAAAGAUAGAUCAUAAUAAAUUAUUUGUUUUGUGACCAGGACUUGGUGGUUGUUGUUUACUCCAAGGCA